CCCCAACUCAUUUGGAAGGAUACGAAAUCCAGGAACUAGCCAGUAUAAAACAACCCCAUUACUCUCUCGUUUCAGAUCAAAAUACUUGUAAUAACCUAAGGCCAGCUGAAUCCCCCAUGGCAGACAGAAGGCCUUUGCUUCCGUCCGACCCCGAUGCCCUUCCCACAGCCUACGCCGGAUCCUCCUCCUCUCCGGAGAUCCGGCGGAUACACGUGAAGGAGGUCCUGGCGAUGUUCGCCGGGGUUGUGAUGGUUUCUUUGUUGGUGGUCAUUAUAGGGAAUACUGGUCAUGAUCAGGAGGCCGGGAAUGCCAGCCACCACCGGAACUACAUGCCUGAUAAGCCAAUGCCAUUGACUUCGUCUUCGCCGACCAAUGAGACUGCGACCAUACCAGACAAGUUGCAGGCGGUGUCACGUGGCAUGGCGGCCGGAGUGUCGGAGAAGUCGAGCCGGUUGUACAGCAGCGGCUUCGGGGCAGGCACGCCGGUGUAUCCGUGGAACAAUAGCAUGUUGUCGUGGCAGAGGACUGCCUUCCAUUUUCAGCCGGAGAAGAAUUGGAUGAAUGAUCCCAACGGUCCAUUAUUCUACAAGGGUUGGUACCAUUUUUUCUACCAGUACAAUCCCAAAGGUGCAGUUUGGGGAAACAUAGUAUGGGGUCAUGCAGUAUCCAGAGACUUGAUCCAUUGGCUUCACCUUCCUCUAGCAAUGGUAGCUGAUCAAUGGUAUGACAUCAAUGGAGUCUGGACUGGCUCUGCUACAAUUCUCCCCAAUGGCCAAAUUGUCAUGCUCUACACUGGUUCAACCAACGAGUCCGUCCAGGUCCAAUGUCUUGCAUACCCUGCUGACCACAAUGACCCUCUCCUCACCAAGUGGAUCAAGUACUCCGGCAACCCGGUUCUAUUCCCCCCUCCCGGGAUCGGAAUCAAGGACUUCCGGGACCCGACCACCGCUUGGUACACCAAAGAAGGCAAAUGGAGGAUCACAAUCGGGUCCAAGGUUAACAAAACUGGUAUAUCUUUAGUUUAUGACACCAAGGACUUUAUUAAGUAUGAGCAGCUUGAUGGUGUGCUUCAUGCUGUGCCUGGUACUGGAAUGUGGGAAUGCAUUGAUUUUUAUCCGGUGUCGAAAACUAGUGACAAGGGGCUGGACACUUCUGAGAAUGGUGCUGAUGUGAAGCAUGUGAUAAAGACUAGCCUUGAUGAUGAUAGGAAUGAUUACUAUGCAUUGGGGAGUUAUAACGAGCAGACUGGAAAAUGGGUUCCUGAUAAUCCAAACAUUGAUGUUGGGAUUGGGAUUAGGUAUGAUUAUGGGAAAUUCUAUGCUUCCAAGACCUUCUAUGAUCAGAACAAGCAGAGAAGGGUGUUGUGGGGAUGGAUUGGAGAGUCUGAUAGUGAAAAUGCUGAUGUCCAGAAGGGUUGGGCAUCUCUUCAGGGAAUUCCAAGAACAGUGUUGUUUGAUCAAAAGACUGGUAGCAAUCUACUUCAAUGGCCAGUGGAGGAGAUUGAGAAAUUGAGAUUGAAUAUGAACAACUUCGACAGAGUACAAGUCAAGGCAGGGUCAGUGGUGCCACUUGACGUUGGCACAGCCACACAGUUGGACAUCGUCGCAGAGUUUGAGUUGGAUCAGACGGUUUUAGAGAGCACAGCUGAAUCUAACGAGGAAUUCAGUUGCCAAACUAGUGGUGGAGCUGGCAAACGCGGCGCAUUGGGACCCUUUGGUCUUCUUGUUCUUGCGGAUGACGGCCUCACUGAGCGCACUCCUGUCUACUUUUAUGUUGUCAAGGGAUCUGGUGGCACUGUCAAUACCUACUUCUGUGCUGAUCAAACAAGGUCUACUGUGGCAAAUGAUGUUGUUAAACAAGUUAGUGGUAGCUAUGUUCCAGUGCUGAAAGGUGAAAAGCUGUCUGUGAGAAUACUGGUUGAUCAUUCGAUCAUUGACAGCUUUGCUCAAGGUGGACGAACAACGAUAACAACGCGCGUUUACCCAACUCAAGCAAUUUAUGGAGCUGCAAGGCUUUUCUUGUUCAACAAUGCUACUGAGACCAGUGUUACUGCCUCACUCCAGGUAUGGCAGAUGAACUCUGCCUUCAUACGCCCAUUUUCACCUGAUGCAGCAAGCCAUGCAAGCUUCACCCCUGUCACAAUAUUCAUCAAUUUCAUCGUCCCAUUCGGACUAUUUUUAACUUUAUAUUUUGUAAGAUAAGAAAGAUAAUUGAUUUGGUCCGCGGAUGGUAGUAUGGAAACAUUAAUUCUUUUUGUCGAAGAGUUCAG